AUGAUGUUGGCAUCUUUGGAUCGACAAGUACUCGUUGAAGAUUUCACCAUUCGUUAUCGUGGAAACCAAGAUGAAGUUACGUGUUUCUUGCCAUUUCUCAAACCAGGAUAUUUGAAAACUAUUGAGCUUGAUAAUCAUGGAUCUGUAGAUGCUUCUCUUGAUCGAAUUGUAAAUCUUCCACAGAUGGUUAAAGCUAGAGAAGUUUGGUUCAGAAGUUUACCACGUUUUCGGACUUAUAUGGAGUCAUUCUGGAAUAUUCCGAAAGUAAAUCUAUGGCAGGUUGAACUAACCUUUUAUGAAGUGAAUCAACUCGUGCAGCACUACUUUCAACAUGACAAUUUCCAAUAUUUGGCUGUUGUAGGCGUGAGUGAUGACUGGUUUCCAAACGAUUCCACUACUUUUAUGGAUGAAGAAAACAGAAAAGCGAUGACACUUCGAGGACCAAGAUUCGGAAUAAAAUUCGUUCAAAAGUUGGAAAAAAAUGCUAUUGUUCUGACUAGAGUUCCUUGA